CAGCGCUGGGACGCGACCGUCGGUGCGGCAGGCGCUCCGCACACCGGUCUGCGCGAAUGGAGACCGUGCAGGAGAUCCUCCCGUUUGCCAGGGAGAUGCUGGGCCAGGGGGCAAACCGACGCAUGUUCAGAGUGUACUUUGUGGGUGCCGCGGUGGCUGUCCUUGGCACGGCGCUGGGCUUGCUGGAGAGCAUCUGCCAGCCUUUCUCCUUUGAUGAGCCGCUGGAUGAAGAACUGAGCCGGCUGGCGCUGCGUGAGAAGAGUGCAGCAAAAGAGCAGGGGCAGAACCUGGAGGAGACUGAGGCCUUGACGACUGAACCUAAGAAGCUGGACAUGCAAGUGGGGAAUGGAAGGAGAAAUUCAGCCAACAGGCUACAUGCCUCCUAGAAACAGCACCAAAAGUCAUCAUUGCACAUUGCCUCCUGUUUAUGAGAGUCGUUUAUAUGCCUGCGGUGGACUCUUAGUCCAAGAUGUUUAAGGUGCACUUUGUAUGAUUGAGGGUGGAAACAAGCGAUGACACUGAGCUCUGGUCCAUUCAUAAAAAACACAGUUUAAAGAGAGCCGGAAUUUACUGCUGUACCACUGGUGAUCAGCUGCAUUGUCUUUUUUUUUCACUGCUCUUUCUCUAUUUCUUCCAAACAGUCCAAUCAAUUAACAUUUUGUUUAAACUGAACUUGCACUCUUUCUCCCAGCUCCUACACUAAUAUACUCAUGUACACAAGUAA